AUGUGUAAGUUCUGUGACUUCACGUUUGAGGGCGGAACCAAUCGCUGCGCGGUUCACCUUGCGAAAUGGAAAGGGCAGGAGAAACGCGCUGUCCGGCUUUGCAAGAAGGUGUCCCCGGCAGUCAGUGAAGAAGUGCGCGGCAUGUACGAGGAGAAGGUGGAGAAGCAGGGCGUCAAACGAGGGGCGGCCGCUGCAGCAAUUGACUCCGCGCUGGGCGCGGUCACUGGUUCUUCAGAGAAGAAGGGGAAGAUAUCGUCCUUCUUCAGCGAUGAGGCGGCGCGCGCCAAGGAGGACGCGGAUAACGCCCUCUGCCUUUUGAUCGCGGCGUUAAGACUUCCCGAGCGCAUCGUGGAUGACCCGGUCUUCCGCUACGCGGUCCAGUGCUUUGCGCGCGCUGGACCGGGGUACGUCCCCCCCAACAGGCGCUACAUUGGAGGGGCGGGCUUGAAGAAGGUGCGGCAGAAAAUGGAGGAGGCGCUCGCCCCCGUUGCCGCGAGCUGGAAGCGGGACGGGGUCACCGUGUCGUCGGACAUGAUGACGGACCGUUGUGGCCGCCCGCAGGCCAACGUGCUCCUUGUCAACGACUCCGGCGCAGUGUUCGAGCAGGCGGUGGACUGCAACAUGGAGUCGAAGACCGGGGGGUACAUCGCCAGCCUUCUCCGGCCCGUCAUUGAUAAGAUGGGAUGGGCGAAGGGGCUCGUGGAGAAGGGGGGGAUGAUGAUUACCUUUGUGCGCAACCACCACUUCACCCGUGCUUACAUGAAGAAGGGUGGGGGGAAACAGGUGCUCAAGCCCGCAGGGACCAGGUUCGGGACGCAGUACAUAGCUCUGUCCCGGCUAUGCGAGGUGCGGGGUGGGCUGGCGCAGAUGGUUCUCAGCGACGAGUGGAAUGAGUGGGCAGCGGCGGACAAGGACAGGAAGAUUGUAGCUGACAAGUUCAGGGCUGCCGUGAUGGAUGAGGAGUGGUGGGGGCUGGCGGUGUUUUUUACCUCUCUCAUGGCGGUGCCGUACAAGGUCAUGCGGGCCACGGACUCCUCGGCUAAGGUGGAGGGAAUUUUCAGGAACGAUGUGGAGUGCACUCGAGUGUUCAAGGCCUACAUCGAGCGCCACUACGACAACAAAACCUUCAGGCGUGGCAAGGAUGGCGCCCCUCGCCGCGCCUCCCUUGUGCUGCAGGAGGCAUUGCUGGCCUACAUCAACAUGGAGGGCAGCUUUGGCACGCCGGCCGCCAUAUCUGCAAGGGAGGCAGUGAAGAAGGGGGAGAUGAGCAUGGUGCAGUGGUGGUCGUGGCACAUCACCGAGUACCCUGAGCUUGCCACCCUCGCAUGCCGGAUGCUCACUCAGCCCGUCUCGGCUUCCCCAUGCGAACGUGGCUGGGCGCAGUGGGAAGGCGUCCACACCGCCCGCCGCAACCGGCUCGGGUCCGCCAAGUGUGCGGACCUCGUUUACAUUGCGCACAACUGGAACGUUGUGCGCAAUUGGUACAAGAAAGAUGGGGGCAAGAAGGAUGGGGGCAGCACGGUUGUGCCCGGUAACAUCCCGGAUGCCCCUAUCCCUCGCGGCUACAACAUGGACGAGGAGGAGGAGGAUGACCUGCUGGGGGGGGAAGGAGAGGAUGCAGUUCUGGCGGAUGAGUACGGGGCAGGGGUGGUGUUGGAAAAGCCUCGCAAGGAACUCGGCUGUGGGGAAGCUAGCUAG